GCGUUCGCGCAUGCUGCUGAUUGCUUCCCACAAAGCAGACCCUGAGGCGAAGCUAAUUGUCUACUUUGCAGACGAGACCAAGAAGACAGGAGUCAAGCCCAUUCGAGAGGCAGUGGUGAAGGAGGCUCAGCUGCCCCGCAUCCAAGUCGCCGAUCCCGUCUCCAGAUAUUUUGGACUCUCUAGAGGACAGGUAGUAAAGAUUAUUCGACCUUCGGAGACAGCCGGCAGAUACCAGCAGCAAAGGCGGACGCAGCAGCGCCACCAGAAGCAGCAGCGAGGGCUUUCUCGCAGCUGUCUGGCUGCGGGGCUGCUGCAACAUUUGCAGCUGCAGCAGCAGCAGCUACAGCUGCAGCAGCAGCAGCUACAGCUGCAGCAGCAGCAGCUACAGCUGCAGCAGCAGCAGCUAGAGCAGCAACAGCUACAGCAGCAACAGCUACAACAGGAACAGCUAGAGCAGCAACAGCUACAGCAGCAGCAGCCAAAGCAGCAGCAGCCAAAGCAGCAGCAGCUACAGCAGCAGCAACUACAGCAGCAGCAGCCAAAGCAGCAGCAACUACAGCAGCAGCAGCUACGAGUGCAACAGCUACAGCUGCAGCAGAUACAGCAGCAGCAGCUACAGCUUCAGCAACUGCAGCAGCAGCAGCUACAGCUGCCACAGUUACAGCUGCAGCAGCUAGAGCUGCAGCAGACACGAGUGCAGCAGCAGCAACUAACUGCUGCUGGAGCAGCUACAGCAGCAGCUGCAGCAGCAGCAGCAGCAGCCACGAGUGCAGCAGCAGCAACUGCUGCUGCUGCUGCUGCUGCUGCUGCUGCUGCUCAGCAGGUAUUAAUUCUCGACUUCUGA